UCACGACUGGUCUUACUUUUAUCAAAUUUCUAAGUCUACAAAGAUGGUUAAAUUUAAUACGUUGGUUUAUUUUUCAUUACUUGGUUUUACUAUCAUCAGUAUAUUUGAUUCAUGUAUGUUGUUACGUAUACUUUCAUAUUUAUGUAUAGUGGCAUAGUGCCUACUUAUUAUAUAACCCAACGCGGUGGUCGCAAAGGUCACGGUGACAACGGACCCACCGAGCUAUCUCUGCGUUGUCGCGGAACCAGUCAAUGUUACGCGCUCGGUACGAAUACGCUCGCGCCACCAUACGCAUUUUGAGCCCCUAAGCGGUCGUCAGUGUCACUCAUACUUUACCUCGGUAUAUCACCUACGGUAUUAUAUACCUAUACCGUUCGUUCCCGUUGUGUCACCAUAUGUCGCAUUCACUCUAUCAAACCGUCAGCAUAUAAUCGUCGUCAUCUGCGUCAAGUUCAUCGUCAUCUCCAUACCCACCCAGGCGUACUGCAUAUCGGUUACGUGAGUCGGCCUUACGCCACACCAUAAUUGUUUGUUAUUAUAUUAUACUCCAUAUUAUCAAUUAUUCCUUGUAUUAGCGUCAUCUUGUGUUAAGUGACUUCGGGGUACUAACACUAGCAUUUAAGUAUCGUUAACCUGUUGUACCAAAUUAUUAUUAUUUGAAAUAUUAUCUAUUAUUAUCACUUACGCCAAUAUUUGUCUUUUAUUAUAUAUACAUGUUCUUCUGUUAUACUUUGUCAUAAGGGUCACCGACACCUGUAUAGUUAUACUGCGUGGCCAACAAUCUCAUACUUGUUGAGACUUGGUACGCAUCAUAUGGUCCUUCGAACCGGAUCGUGAUCCCUUACAGGCGAAGGAAGAGUUUACUUGUAUUUGUUAGUGUUUUAUUUCGUUAAAACGGGGAAAAAUUUAUAUUUAUUUGGUAAUUAAUUUAGUUAACAUUGUAAUCACGCUGUAUAUCCUGGUCAAUUCCCCAUAUCUACUGGCUACGAUAUUUUGGUCUAGUUAAUAAUAGUGGCUGUACAUUCACAGCAGUCGUAAAGUACAAUCGUACAACGAUUCCUGAAUGCUACAAUUUAUCAUUAAGUUCAACAAUAUACAGAUAUUCAUAUUCCAUAUUAGGUAAUUACGAGUGUCGAUAGUUAUCGUUGCGGGUUAUCUCCGCUGUCGCCGCACGAACAUUUGGACUUUGAACUAUCAAUCGCUAUCUAGCACCGGUGUCCAGGUAUAUUUAAUCAUCGGUAACUGCUACCGGUCUUAAUUUAAUUAGUCGUGUAUUUGUAACAAGUUAUCUCCGCACCGACUGCAAUUACGAUAUUCAAUUUACGAAUCGCGUUACGGUCAUAAAACAUAAACAAAAUACGAUAUAGCCUAACACAUAGUGUUGCUAUUUAAUGUCUAUUACCAGAUACAUACAAAAUUUAAAACAAAGAUUUAAUCAAUUUUAUACAUUUUAUUAAAUCAUUUAAAAUUAAAUUUUCAUUAUGUCUCUGAGUGCAGGCGACCGAGAACGAUUCGAACGUGCAUUAAAACGGAAUAUUAUUAAACGCGAUCAAGCUGUCGAGCAAUUUUCAAUUCUAAUGGGUCUUGUGAAUACUGCUAAAACCGACGAGUCCGGAAUUUCGAUACUACAACCGCGAAUAGACGACAUUGAAAUCUUAAUAACUGAUGUCCGUUUAUAUCAAGAUGCUAUUUUAGACCAGCUUAUCGAACUCGACCGCGAUAGUGAAUUUCCGACAGUACACAAUCCGGUAGGGAAAAUCGCAUUGGACCACUAUUACGCUAUUAAGGCUAUUAGUGUUGAACUUGGCAUAAACAAUCGUAAUAUUACUCCAACUCCUACGACACAUAAUAUUCAAUUACCAAAGAUACAAUUACCGUCGUUCGAUGGACAAAUUAUACAAUGGCGAUCUUUCCGUGAUACCUUUACGUCGUUAGUGCAUGAUAAUAGUCAGUUAUCACAGAUUCAAAAAUUCCAUUAUCUGUUGUCCGCCGUAUCUGGUUCAGCGGCUACAACGGUUAAAUCAGUUCCGUUAACCGACGCUAAUUAUCCAAUUGUAUGGCAAAGUUUGAACGAUCGCUUCGACAAUAAACGUGUCCUUUUAGGUGCACACAUGGAUGCACUAUUUCGAAUUUCUCCCAUGAAAACCGAAUCUCUCGGGGAGUUAAAGCAUUUUUUAACUACAUUCCAAGAAAAUAUAUGCAUAAAGGCACUUGAAAUUGACGAUUUCCCAGGUUUUUUUAUGUUUUAUAUUGCAUCUCGUGUACUAGAUCCCGUUACUCGCCAAGCAUUCGAAUUUGAAUAUCACGCCGCGGACGUACCUACAUUUGAUAUGUUGGCAGAUUUCGUACAGAUUCGCUGCCAAGUGUUACAAAAUUCGUAUCAAGUGUCAAGCACUAAUACCGGACACAAAACCCAUCCUAAACCAAAAGUAUCAUUAGCUACUUCAUCAACCACGGAAUCAUUAAAAUGUGUGUUGUGUAAAUCAACCCAUAUGUUGUACCAGUGUCCAAAAUUUUUACAGCAAAACGUGAAACAACGUUUUCGCCUUGUGAAAACAAACCGCGUGUGUACAAAUUGCUUAGGUACGUCCCAUAAAACGUCAGAAUGUAAGUCUACAUACACUUGCCGCCACUGUGCGUCCAAACACCACUCAUUACUGCACAUGGAUACAGCACAAGCGCGGAAGAAUUCAUCUCCUACGAAUAGGGGUAUCGGUGUUAGCCAAUCCAUACCUCUGCCCUCCGCUAUGUCUACACCAAUUGUAUCCGAUACGGUUGGCAGUACGCCGUUUGUGGGGACAUCAAGCUCGAAAACAAACGUAGUACUUGGUACAGCCGUUAUACGCAUACGUAAUAAUUGUGGACAGUUAUCUCCCGUCCGUGUGCUCAUUGACACAGGAUCACAAAUAUCCGUAAUCACUACUGCUUGCGUAGCACGAUUGUGCAUUAAACGUUGCCAUAGUAAUACCGCGGUAAUGGGGUUGUCCCAAAUGUCAGUAUCCACGACCAAGGGAUCAACUAAGUGUACUAUAAUACCACGCCAUUCCGCCACGCCCGAAAUUUAUUGUGAACCUGUAAUUUUAUCUAGGAUAACCGGGCCGAUGCCAACCGUCCAACUACCUAGUAAAAUUCGUACCACCUACUCACAGUUAUUGUUUGCAGAUCCGUACUUCGAUGUACCCGGUCAAAUUGACUUCCUGUUGGGCGCGGAUAUAUAUCCAUACAUACUCGGACCAUCUUGUCAGGUAUUACACACACCAAAUUGUCCGUCCGCAUUCGAAACACAUUUAGGAUGGAUUAUAGUGGGCCAAUCCUGUGUUGACUCACAUACUCCGCCCGUAUCCUUGUUGCUAGCGCCGGAGCCUUCGAUAGACCAUUUAAUACAACAGUUUUGGACCGUCGAAGAGCCCGUAAAUACAAAUAACUUGUUUACAAUCGACCAACAGUGUGAAGACCAUUUUCUUCGUACGACAACUCGAGACAGUACGGGUAGGUUUUCACUAGCAUUACCAUUUAACAACGAUGCAUCUUGUCUCGGUAACUCGCAUGAUAUGGCGAUAUCGAGGUUCUAUAACUUGGAACGCAAACUGCUGAAAGACCCGUUGGUAUACGACCAUUAUCGGUUAUUUAUGUUGGAGUACGAACAGUUAGGUCAUAUGAAACUCGCGUCAAGGCCGGGAAAAUACUAUAUUCCGCAUCAUGCAGUGGUUAAGCGAAAUGGAGCAAAAAUGAAACUCCGAGUAGUAUUCGACGCCUCUGCCAAGUCAUCUUCAGGGAAGUCCUUGAACGAUCUGCUCCAUGUUGGCCCCAAACUACAAACAGAUAUAACUGAUUUGCUACACCGCUGUCGUUUCAAUCACUACAUAUUUACAGCAGACAUUUGUAAAAUGUACCGCCAAAUAAAAAUUAAUACAGAAGAUUGUCAAUACCAGCACAUAUUUUGGCGUGCAACACCAUUAGAACCGCUACGUGACUACGAACUUACGACAAUUACUUACGGACUCACGUCGUCUCCGUUUCAAGCGAUUCGUGUGCUGCAUGAAUUAGAACAAAACGACGGACAUCUUUACCCGUCAACGAGGGAUGUUUUGUCAACACAGACAUAUGUAGAUGAUAUCCUUACUGGUCGUAAUAGUAUCACAGACUUACUUAAAUUACAAGAUGAGGUCACACAGCUACUACUUCGAGGUGGUUUUGAACUUAAAAAAUGGUCGUCCAAUUCUACAGAACUCCUGUCUAAGAUUCCUCUUGACGAUCAAGUUAAUAGCUUAUCAUUCGAUCCUAAGGAUGAUGUUGGAAUAAAAAUACUUGGAUUGCAUUGGCAACCAGCCACUGAUACGUUUAGUUAUCAUACUUCAUCAAUACCUCCAAUUUAUACAAAAAGAUCAGUGUUGUCAACAAUUGCAAAACUAUACGAUCCUCUUGGGGCUCUUGCUCCUAUGAUAUUCUGGGCCAAGUGCUUCAUGCAAUUACUCUGGCAAGGCGGCCUUAAUUGGGACGAUAAAUUGCCACCAAAUUUAUCUGACUUAUGGGAACAAUAUUCUUCGGAGUUGCAUAUGGUUUCAAGUAUCAAGAUUUGUCGUCAUAUUUCCACGAACGAACCUUGUAGCGCACAGCUCAUCGGUUUCGCUGAUGCAUCGGAAAAGGGUUAUGGUGCCGUGGUUUAUCUGCGCAUUAUUCAUCAAGAUGGGCGUAUACUGGUACAUUUUAUAACCGCUAAGUCAAAAGUUGCGCCUUCUAAAAUAAAAAAGGCAAAAACAACUUUAACGAUACCACGCUUGGAGUUAUGCGGUGCGUUAUUGCUGACACAAGUGUUACAUCGUUUAAUAAACACCUUUCGGAAUAAUAUAUCAAUUUCGGCGAUACAAGCGUGGACAGACUCUAGCAUAGUAUUAUCUUGGCUCACGUCACCUCACUCAAGUUUUAAAAUAUUUGUGACAAACCGACUUGCCAAGAUCGCCGAACUUAUACCAAAUUGCCAAUGGCGUCAUGUUGCCUCUGAGUCGAAUCCCGCAGAUUGUGUAUCAAGAGGGCUAUUUCCAUCUCAAGUUCCUAACCACCAUCUCUAUUGGCAAGGUCCCCAGUUUUUAAAAUUGCCUGAAUCUGACUGGCCAACUACAUGUUUCCAACUCAUGCCAGCUUCACAGUUGCCGGAAUAUUCGGAUUCGACGAAAGCAUGCUUAAUGACGUUGCCCGAGAAUGAAGUCGAAUGGUUCUCACGUUUUUCAUCGUUGCGCCGUAUGCAAAGAGUCAUGGUCAUCAUUUAUCGCUUUAUAAACCAUGCGCGCCGGUUACCAUCACCAUUUGUUACUGAUUUUGUUUCCCAGGAAGAAGUGAUAAAUGCGAUGGUACCAAUCAUUCGUAUAACACAAUCCUUACAUUUUGUUAAUUUGUCACGUGUCCUGCAAACAACCGCGGCAAAGAUAGUUCCCCGCUCACUCGCUCAACUUGCACCGUUUAUUGAUGAUAACAAAAUUAUACGUGUUGGUGGCCGACUUCGACAUGCUGCCUUACCCGCUGAAACAAAAAAUCCGAUAUUGCUACCAAAAUCAAGUGCGUUGACUACACUUAUUAUCCGUCACUUCCACUUAACUUACUUUCAUGCCGGACCACAGUUGAUUUCAUCGUUACUAGCAGCUCAUUAUUGGAUAAUGUCUAGCCGAUCUUCCAUUCGGCACGUCGUUUUCAAAUGUGUAGUGUGUGCGCGGCAUAGGGCCUCAAUUACUCAUCCUAUUAUGGCUGAUCUUCCCGCAAGUCGAGUAACUCCUUGCAGACCAUUUUUACGCACCGGUAUUGACUUCGCUGGUCCCUUUGUCAUAGCCGAACACCGUCGUAAGAAUUCACGAUCAAUCAAGUGUUACUUAUCGAUUUUCGUGUGUAUGGCCGUCAAAGCGGUACACAUCGAAGUGGUAUCAGAUUUAUCGACGAGUUCGUUUUUAGCGGCACUCCAACGUUUUGUUGCUCGACGUGGAACGCCAUCCGACAUUUACAGUGAUUGUGGGACGAACUUCAAAGGUGCAGAUCAACAAUUGCGGCACAUGAUGUCAGAUCCCGCAGCUCAAACAACGUAUUCCAACAGUAUAUUAUGUAAGUGGCAUUUUAACCCUCCCGCAGCUCCACAUUUCGGUGGUCUAUGGGAGGCGGCUGUAAAAUCCACAAAAUAUCAUCUGAAACGAGUAAUGGGCAAUCAACGUCUGACAUUUGAAGAAAUGGCCACGCUAACGUGUCGUAUCGAAGCCUUACUCAAUUCACGCCCGAUCACUCCGAUUUCUACUGAUCCAAACGACUAUCGGGCAUUAACCCCCGGCCACUUCCUUAUUGGCCAUCCCAUGGUGGAAAUCCCAGAACUAGAUGUGACACAUGUGCUCCAAAAUCGUCUUACUCGUUGGGAACUUCUCCGUCAAAUGUACCAGUCAUUUUGGAAGCGAUGGUCUACGGAAUAUUUAUCGUCAUUGCAACGCCGUAAAAAAUGGGAUGAAAACCAACCGAACCUCAAGAUUGAUGAUUUAGUAUUAGUAAAUAUGCCCAACCAACCACCAAUACAGUGGAGACUUGGUCGAAUACAACAAAUCCAUCCAGGCGUGGAUGGUGUGGUUCGAGUAGCCACGGUUCGUACAGAACACGGAACCCUAACACGACCAAUAGUCAAAUUAGCCAUCCUUCCCGUUGAUAAGUAAAUUAACUUAACUCCAACCGUGCUUCCUUGAG